GAUUGCUGAUUACUGCUAAAGUGGUGAAGUUAUUUGCAAACGGUCUCUGUAUCACUCUGUAUCAACCCUGGUCAUCUUUGGUUUUGAUGGGAUAGCCUGAUGUGAUGCGGGACCCUCGACCAAUGAUUAAAUGUUCGCAAGUAUAUACCACAUGCUGUAACCGGGGUAGAUCCCAUCGAUCCGCGCGCUUCGUGCGAUGAGACGCGAUGCCACUUUCACUGAAAACAGUCGCUAUGGUUUGUUCAUCAACAAUAAUAUACCUUCAGCAUCUGAUUGAAUUUUUUUAACGUGAAACUGGUAUAACGCAGUCCAAUGAAAUAAACAUAAGGGACGAUUAAUGAUUCAUGUACUUAUUGGUUGUGACAUGGGAAUACAAAACUUUCACAGAACUCGAAUGGGAUCAUUGACUUAAUAGAACUUCAGGCAAGAUCCAGUCUAUUGGGCAGCGACCCAUUAACUAAGACGAAAAAAGAAUGGUGGACCUCUACAAUUACACGUGUUCCUAUGAAGGACUUUUCCUUCCUGCAAUGAGUGAGUACACUUGGUCAGAAGGGUUAAGGAUCUUUCUAUACCUCAUUGCGAUGUUCUGGUGUUUCGUGGGUACAUCUAUUGUUGCAGACUCCUUCAUGUGUGGAAUAGAGAAAAUAACAAGUAAAACGAAAUUGAUUCGUAUUCCCAAUGCCGAGAAGAAAGAAGACAGAAUGGUGGAAGUGAAGGUGUGGAACGACACGGUGGCCAAUCUGAGUCUGAUGGCCUUCGGGACGAGUGCCCCCGAGAUUCUCUUAUCUGUUAUCGAAAUAGUAGGGAACGGGUUCGAAGCAGGAGAACUUGGACCAGGAACGAUUGUCGGCUCAGCUGCUUUUAAUCUUCUAGUCAUUACAGGAAUUUGUAUCAUUAGUAUUCCAGAUGGAGAAAUUCGAAAAGUUAAAAGCGUGCCUGUGUACGUUACCUGUGUAUGUUUUAGUAUGUUCGCGUAUCUUUGGAUGGUGGUAGUAUUGCAGUUGAUCACACCUGGUGUCGUAGACUCGUGGGAAAGUGUUAUAACUUUUUGUAUGUUUCCUGUCCUUAUUGUGACCGCGUUUAGUGUGGACAAAGGAUGCUGGUGCAAGAAGAAUAACAAGACAUCAUCAGAACUAGAAAUAGGAAUAGAAUUUAGCAAGAUAGACGCAGACGACGAAUCAGAGGCAACGGUAGACAUUAUUCACAUGGCGAAAGAUCUUAGCAGAAACCACAAAGAGCUGACUGAGGAUGAGGCGACACUUCUACUGACUAAACAGUUACAGGAACACCAACACCACAACGCGGGAUGGUAUCGAGUGCACGCCGUUAGGGGUCUCACCGGGGGCCACCGACUCCUGCCUAAGAUCAACCACACCCUGAGAGAGCUUUACGAAAAAAUAAAUAGACAAAAAGAGAUCGAACACCACAUGAAUGAAAAUACUGAUGUAUCUACGGUGGACCUGAGUGAGAGUGGAACACGAGCUGUAGUGGAAUUUACAGCAUCGUCCGUAGCUGUCCUGGAGAAUGAGGGGAAAGUCCGAGUGGGUAUAAGAAGAUAUGGCAAAGUGGACAUUCCUGUCACAGUCACAGUUGAAACAAUUGACGGAACUGCCGAGGCGGGUAGUGAUUAUAAACCUUUAAAAGAAGAUAUCAAAUUUGCCAUCAACGAGAGACUACGCGAGGUCUACAUAGAAAUCAUAGAUGAUGACGAGUGGGAACCAGACGAGAUCUUCUUCGUCAAACUCAGUCUGCUUCACGAACACAAAGAUGUGGUGAUAGGCAAAAUGGCAAUUAACCAAAUCACCAUUAUAAAUGAUGAUGAGCCGGGCAAAUUCGAAUUUUCAAAACCCAGCUACAUUAUUCGAGAAAGCAACGAAUGUGCACAAAUCUUUGUUAACCGAGUUAAUGGAGCAGAUGGCACGGUCACCGUUAGAUGGCGCACCAAAGACCUAACUGCACUACACAACAAAGACUACGUAGGAGGCGACGGGACUCUGACGUUUGAACAUGGCGAAACAAGCAAAUCUAUCAAUCUAAAAAUUCUAGAGACAAAUAUUCAUGAUGGAAAACAUAAAGAACAGGUGCUGGAAAGAGAUCACAGUUUCCAGAUAGAAAUAUUCUCACCUUCUACUGGCGCUGCUAUUGGAAAGAUCAGCAAGGCAAUAGUCACUCUGGUUAACGAUACCGAAUUUGAUGGUCUUGUAUCAAGAAUUGCAAACCAAACAAAGAAAAAUUUAGAUGGGUUACGAUUGGACACAACUUCAUGGAGAGAACAGUUUAACGAAGCAAUGAAUGUAAAUGGUGGAGACAUUGAGAACGCAACGUUUAUAGACUACGUGUUACAUUUCAUUUCCUUCUUCUGGAAAGUUCUGUUUGCCUUCAUCCCACCUCCCUCUGUAGCUGGCGGAUAUCUCACCUUUGUCGGUUCUCUGGUGUUGAUCGGUCUCAUGACAGCUUUGAUAUCCGACCUGGCAAGCAUAUUUGGAUGUUUGAUUGGUCUAAAAAAGACUGUCGUCGCCAUUACCUUUGUUGCUUUGGGCACCAGCAUGCCCGAUACGUUCGCCAGUAAAGUGGCAGCUGUCAACGAGAAGACAGCCGAUAGUUCUAUUGGGAACAUCAACGGAAGCAACGCCGUCAACGUCUUCCUGGGUUUGGGAUUGCCGUGGCUGAUCGCCUCUAUCUACUGGGAAGCAAAGGGCGAGAAAUUUAAAGUAUCUGCUGACACGUUGGUAUUUAGCGUUAUUUUAUACACUUCCUGUGCAAUUUUAGCUGUUUUGUUGUUGUUCGUUCGACGGAAGUUUGCAGCCUUUGGAAAUGGAGAACUAGGUGGACCUAAGGGGUUUAAAUAUGCCUCGGGAUUGCUUCUGGUGACCUUGUGGUUCUUUUACGUCAUCAUGUCAUCGCUACAAGCGUACAAAAUUAUUGAAGUGAAAAUUUAAUAGAGGCUGUGUCCGCCGUGUGAGGUUGUGAUGCAUUUUUUCGUCUCUAAGUCUGUGAUACUUUUUUUUAUUCUGUUGACUCUUGCUAUAUAUGUUAUUUUUAUUUCAGAUAAAUGAAUUUUUAUAAAUUGUAUUGUCAGUU